AUGGCCUCCGUCGACACGCAGUGGGCCAUAAAGUCCAUUCUUCAGCUCGGCCACCAUCACCUCCGUCACGGCGUGGAGACUACCUCCUCGUCGUCAUCGUGUUUAGUGCUGCCAACAUCGCCGUCCUUCAAGUCUGCCUCCAAGGCUGUGCAGGUGACAGCAAUGCCGCGACUCAUGCGAGCGUCCUGCGAUCCAUCAUAUGUGAUGCUCCUCGCCAAGCGGCCGAGCGGGAUUGCGGGAGUGAGUCUUAGGCCAGGCAUCCGGGUUCCGUGGACCGGCCUGCCUGCCGCUGCAUCAUCGCCGGUGUCUGCCCCGUGCUCAAAGAAAACUCGCCUUCUAGCUUCCUACUUGCAGCGGCGCGGCUUUGCGGCGACACCACCCGUGCCCACCGAAACACGCUCGUCGUCUCCGCAAUUCCGUCCAGUGCAGAGGUCGAUGCCACUGCUGCUCCACACAAACCAUUUGAUUGGCUGGAAGCUGAACGAUGCGUCGCCGGCGUUUCCGGUGUACGCGCACACGCUUGCCGAGCUUCAAAGGUUGCGCAGCAACGACGUGGCUGCUCUGAAGCCGCAGCACUGCCUCAUCGCCAGCGAGUACUGCGAGUGGGACAACUGGCGGGAAGUCCUGGGCGAACCGGGCUGGGACCUCUUCAGCGCUGACGAGGACGCUGUCGAGCGCCUCCUACAGGACGGCCUCGCCAUUUCCACGCUGGAGGAAGAAGGGGGGCUGUACCCGGUCGAGGUAGUCUGA